GCGAAAGGAAAAGCAUCAAACAGCUGCAAACUGGUUAGCUUACUCAAAAAAUGGGGUUUAUGGAUCUGUUCAUUGUGGCUUUAAUGCCAGUUCUAAAGGUAAUAUUGAUUACUGGUCUUGGUUUGUUUCUUGCUUUGGAUCGCAUAAAUCUAUUGGGACUAGGGGCAAGGCACCAUCUCAACAAUCUUGUAUUCUAUGUGUUAGGUCCUGCAUUUGUGGGCAGCAGCUUGGCUGAAACCGUCACUUUCCAAAGCUUUCUUAACUUGUGGUUCAUGCCGGUGAAUAUUUUUAUAACAUACAUCAUUGGCUCAGCACUGGCUUGGGUUCUCAUAAGAAUCACCAAAACACCUAAACACCUCCAGGGAAUGGUCAUUGGUUGCUGUUCUGGAGGAAAUAUGGGGAAUUUGCUUCUUAUUUUGAUUCCAGCCAUCUGCAAGGAGUCCAACAAUCCGUUCGGAGAUUCAUCUAUUUGCUCUACAAAUGCUGAGGCUUAUGCUUCACUAUCUAUGGCGAUAGGAGCCGUUUUCAUGUGGUCGUACGUGUACAGCAUCAUGCGCAUGUAUGCAAGUGAAGGCACCUCUAACACUGUUUCAGAGACUUGUAAAGAAGCUUUACUACCUUCAACAAGUUGCGAAUAUUAUUCUACUCAAGAUGGACUGCCUCUAACCACCUAUGGGGCAGGGAAAAAGAUAAUUCUGCAUAUUAAGAUGAUUAUGGGAAAGAUCGACCUGAAGAAGGUGUUUGCACCUACGGCGACUGCAGCGAUUGUCGGGUUUAUCGUUGGGAUCGUCCCUCCAUUCCGGAGGCUAAUGAUCGGUGAUAGUGCUCCUCUUCGUGUAAUCGGUACUUCUGCAUAUUUGUUGGGGGAGGCAGCAAUUCCAUGUUUGACAUUGAUACUAGGGGCAAACCUUCUUAGAGGUUUGAAUGGAUCAGAAGUUAGCCAUAUUGUGGUUAUAGGGAUUAUAGUAGUGAGGAACAUAGCGAUGCCUCUGUUGGGGAUAUGUGUUGUGAAUGCAGCACACCAUUUGGGAAUGGUUACGACGGAUUCGUUAUAUCGGUUCGUUUUGAUGCUUCAGUAUACGGUUCCACCCGCAACUGCCGUAGGUACGAUAUCGGAGUUUUUGCAGCUGGGACAGGGUGAAAGUUCAGUGAUUAUGCUAUGGACAUAUGCAGUGGCUUCAAUCUCCCUCACACUUUGGUCAACCAUAUUCAUGUGGCUUCUUGCUUGAUAUUUUUGUUCAAACAAGUGCCUAAUAGCCCAAUAUGUUGAUUUAGAUCAUGGAAAGGCGUCGUCGUGUGCCAGAAGCUUGGUGAUGCAUCAGUGGUAAAGAUCAUUGACCUUGAAGAUUAGAAUUAAACCCUAACAAUAAGAAUGUACAACAUAAAACCUUAUGCAUGGCUUCGCGGCCUCGUAUACAAGUUAGCCAUGAUGAAAUAAACCGUAGCUUUAUAAAUAUACUGUCAAGUUAUCUACGCUUGAUGUGUAUAC